CAACAUCUCUGAGCAUCAUUGGAAAAUGGCUGCAAAUAGUGGAAUGGAUUAAGUGAUGCUAAGAAACAGACCGUUGGAUUUUUACUUGAAUUAUUGGAUUUAUCACAGUAAAUCACGAUGGAUACAAAAUAGAUAGGCCUGAGUCGUGUAAUGCAUAAAGUGAGGAGAUGGCAAAACCGUUUGACUUCCAGUGGCGUAUUCCUGUACCAGAUUGGCUACAGAAGGGAGACUUAUUUGACCGCUGGGAUGAGGAGUGCACUGCUCUAGAAUCGUCAUGUCUGGUCCAAGUAGACGAGUUUGGCUUCUUUAUUUACUGGAAAAGUGAUGGCAAGGAAGGACAAGUGCUGGAAAUAUCUCAGGUCAAUGACAUCAGGCUAGGACUGGCACCAAAAAUAAAUGACCCAAAGGUGAUAAUUGACCUGGAACAGAAGGGGACAGGGGCACUGGAGGCCCGCACAGUCACCAUCUGUCAUGGGCUUGAUUUUGUCAAUAUCAACUACACCCCAAUGAUAGCCCGCGACCCCGAAACAGCUAAGGCAUGGUUCCAGGGUUUACGGCAGUUAACACCAAAUACCAAGGCCAACAACAUUUGUCCAAUGACCUCUCUUAAGAAACACUGGAUGAAGCUGUGUUUUAUGGUAAAUCCCAGUGGGAAAAUACCUGUGCGAAGUAUAACCCGGACAUUUGCAUCGGGACGAACGGAAAAGAUGAUUAUGCAAUCACUAAAAGACUUAGGGCUUCCAGGCGGAAAGAGUGAAGAAAUAGAGAUAUCAGCAUUCACAUUCGAGAAAUUCUACAACCUCUAUCACAAAAUCUGUCCCCGAACAGACAUCGAAGAUCUAUUCAAAGAAUGGAGUCGGGGUAGAUCGUAUUUAACUGAUGAAAUCUUGAAGGAGUUCUGUAAUGAGAAACAGCGAGACCCGAGAUUGAACGAGAUCCUGUUUCCGGAGUAUGAUCUCAAAAGUGUGUGUAAACUCAUUCAGACUUACGAAACAGAUCCUGAUUACAAGAACAAGAACUGGCUAAGCCUAGAUGGAUUCUGUCGGUACCUGAUGUCGGACGAUAAUGCCCCGGUAUUUCUCGACCGAUUGGACAUAUACCAGGAUAUGGACCAGCCUCUCUCCCAUUACUACAUAAACUCGUCGCACAAUACCUACCUCACAGGCCGACAGUUUGGCGGUCGAUCCUCGGUCGAGAUGUACAGACAGGUGCUGCUAGCAGGGUGCAGGUGUGUAGAAUUGGACUGCUGGGAUGGCCGCAAUGAGGACCAGGAACCAAUCAUCACCCAUGGCAAGGCCAUGUGCACAGACAUACUCUUCAAGGAUGUGAUUCAGGCCAUACAAGAAACUGCUUUUGUCACCUCAGAAUAUCCGGUCAUUCUCUCAUUUGAAAAUCAUUGUAGUAAAUUCCAGCAAUAUAAGAUGUCCCGGUAUUGUGAGGAAAUCCUUGGAGACUUACUCCUCAAGUCCAACCUUCCAGAUUACCCAUUAGAACCAGGGUUUCCCUUACCUUGCCCCUCAACAUUGAAGAAGAAAAUCCUCAUCAAGAACAAACGAUUAAAACCAGAAGUGGAAAAACGCCAGAUGGAGUUAUUUCUGAAAGGUCAGGACCAGGAUGCAAUAAAUGAUGACGCGCCAGGCGAAGAUCCGAUGGUUGUUGCCGAGGCAAUAGAUGGUGAAGCUGGACCGAUCAACGACGAUGAUAGCAGCAGUACCAGCUCUGACUCUCCGAUAACUGAGCUACCACCAAGCAAACCUGAAAGAGACAGGGAUUUGGAUCCCACAAAGGCCAGCACAGAUACAGACCCUCAUCCGGAGUACAUGAUGGCAAAGACACCGGACUCCAUUGAAGAAGAUGAACUCAGUAUUAAAGUCAAGGGAGCUCUUACUGCGGACGAAGUAGCUGCCCUAAUGUCCAACUACCAUUAUAUCGGAGCCACCACAAACAUUCAUCCCUGCUUAUCCGCCCUUGUGAACUACGCUCAACCAGUCAAGUUCCAGGGCUUCGAUAUAGCGGAAGAGCGGUGUGUUCACUAUCACAUGUCCUCAUUUAAUGAAAACACUGGCCUAGGCUAUCUCAAAACACAGGCUGUAGAAUUCGUAAACUACAACAAGCGUCAAAUGAGCAGGAUAUAUCCGAAGGGGGGUCGUGUAGAUUCAAGCAACUACAUGCCUCAGAUCUUCUGGAAUGCUGGAUGCCAGAUGGUGGCGCUCAACUUCCAAACGCCGGAUCUCGCAAUGCAGCUCAACCAGGGCAAGUUUGAAUACAACGGAAACUGUGGAUACCUGCUGAAACCAGACUUUAUGAGACGACCUGAUCGAGAGUUUGAUCCAUUCUCAGAGAGCCCAAUAUCUGGGGUGAUAGCUGCAUGCUGUACUGUACAAGUAUUGUCUGGUCAGUUUCUCUCGGACAAGAAGAUUGGUACGUAUGUUGAGGUGGACAUGUAUGGUCUACCCACAGACACCAUUAGGAAGGAGUUCAAAACCAGGUCGGUGCCCGCAAAUGGCUUAAACCCGGUCUACAAUGCUGAGGAGUUUGUAUUCAGAAAGGUGGUGCUACCUGACCUGGCAGUUUUGCGUAUUGCUGUGUUUGAAGACCAGGGCCGUAUGAUUGGCCAGCGUAUUCUCCCACUAGAUGGCUUGCAGGCGGGAUACCGACACAUCCCGCUGCGAACAGAAGGGAAUUUCCCGCUUCCUCUUCCCACUGUGUUCUGCUGUAUCUCACUGAAAACAUAUGUUCCGGAAGAAUUUCAGGAUAUUGUAUCAUCCCUGUUCAAGCCUCAGUUACAGCCGACCAAUCAGAUUGUCAAGAUGGGAAUUGAUGAGAAAGACAUUGGAGAAAUCCCCAUUGUCGCAAAACGACACCCUUCCGCAGGCAACGGUAAAGUCCUAGCUGUAUCACAGAACAGCACAGAUGGCAGCAGAUUGAAAAAAGAAGACGAGCCCUUCGAAGCAGUUCAUCGUGAGACGCUCAAGUACGAUAAGGUGUACCAAAAACUGUUAAAAAAGCAGGCAAAGGAGCUGGAAAUGCUGAAGAAAAAACAUCAGAAGGAGCGAUCGGCCAUGCAGCGACAACAUUGUAUUAUAGUCGACAAGCUCGUUGCCGGCCAAGAUAAAGAAAAGAUGGCGUCAGAGAAACUUGUGGAAAAAUUAAUUAAAAAAAAGGCGUCUGACGAGAGUAAAAGCACGCAGCAGGAAAAGGUGGUGACUCUUACCAACGACCACAGAGACCAGGUGCACCAGAUGGUUGUAGAUCAGACACGGGAGUGGUCGGACAUGGUGCUGACCCAGCUAACAGAGGAACAUGAUCUCCGCAAGGAACACAUCCUCCAGCAGGACAGGUGCCUUGUUAAACUGCUUGUAGACGUGCAGGCAGCACAGCAGAAGGAGCUUGCAGUAAAACAGGAGAGGGUUAACAAGGAUCUGAAGGCUUUGCAGGCAAAACAGUCAGUGGAGUCGAGCAAGUCCGUCAUGAAUGACAAAUCCAUUAAAAACAAGGCAGAGCGAGAGAGGCGUUUUAGAGAAAUUAACGAAAACAAUAUGAAAAAGUUCAUUGAAGAACGCCGAAGAUUGGAAGAGAAACAUGUCAAAAAAACAAAACAGCUGGAAAAAUUCCACCAGGAACAACUAGAAAAAUUUGCCAAGGACACUGCAAAGGAUUUAGACAUGGCAGAUAUGGUGAGGACGGAGGCCCUGUUUGCGACAAAACCUGAAACCGAUGUAUGAUACAGGCCAAACAUAGACACUUUUGCUGUGUUGACUUGUCUUCAAUUGGACAAACAAAUAUGAUUUUACUAGUUAUCAUUGGCCCAACUGACAUUUUGACAAGUCGCUAUUGGCCAAGAAUAGAUGUGUUUACUAGAACUCAAUGGCCAGACAUAAUCAUUUAUGCUGUGAAUUCAUUUGUCAAACAUAGACAGUCUGACUAGUUCUCAUUGCCAAACCAUAUAGGUUUAUACGGUAAAUUCACUGGUCCAACGUAGAUGUUUUGACUAGUUGUCAUUGGCCAAACAAAAGGUUUAUACUGUGAGUUAAUUCAUUGGUCAAAUAUAGUUGUUUGACAAGUUGUCACUGGCCAAACAUAUACAUUUAUACAUAAACAUACUGUGUAUUCGUUGGCCAAACAAAUACAUUUGUACACAUACAUACAUGUACUGUGUAUUCAUUGGCCAAACAUUAACAUUUUGACAAGUCGUCAACCAUAGACAUUUAUGUGUGGUGACGAGUCAUCAUUCGCCAAACAUUAAUAUGUAUAGCAUUUGUUUCUGCAAAUUUCGUAGUCCCAUAGUGAGUCUAAGUGUUACAUGUGUGGAUAUUUAAUUGUAAAUUAACUUAAAUCGCUGAAUAUAGAAAUUGUGAUAGUGGAACUGUGGAUAAAAGCAAAUAGCUCUGUGAAAAAAGUGAAGCAUUGUCAUAGCUCUGGUGGAGCUUGAACCAUUGUCUGAAUAAAAGUACAAAAUAUAUUCAUGUGAAAAUGUGUACCCAUGUUGCAACAGAAAAUGUACACAAACAUGUGUGGGCUUGUUUGUUAAGAUGUGUUUUGUUUAACUAGAACAGAACAACAGACAACGUUCUCUUUAAAAACUGUUAUUUAAUUUUAUACUUCACAAAGAUUUAUAUAUAAAUGUUCAGAAAAACCUUACCAUCAACUUUUGUAUGGGUUUGUGAACCUAUCAUCCAAGCCAUUUCAACAGCGCACAUUGUAAAUUUCCAGCGUAAAUGAAGACAUUCAACAUUGCGAAGCAGGGCAAGGAAUCCAGUAUUCAAUGAUUUCUGACAUCUACAUAUAAUUUGUCAUGAUUUAGUUUACCCUCACCCAUUUCCAUUCUUGUUAAGAAUUCUCCAUUUUUGAAAUGAAUAUACAUGUACUCUUAUGUUUCUGUUAAUGUAUACUUUUUAUCUCAUUUUGUACAAUCAGUGGUAUUGUACUAAAAACAUGAGAGUAUUAAUUAAUUGUGUGUAACAUUUUUGUUGAAUGUUGGCUACUAAUGGUUGAAACGGAAGAUAUUGAUGUUUUGCUUUCACUUUAAUUUCAUGAGGUUCUUUUUCUCUCUUUUCUGUGUGUUAGUUUUGAGCUCAUUAGCUCAACACAGGUUAUUCAUCAAAAACAUUUCCAGAUAUUUAGAUGAAACUUGGUAAACAUGUUGCCAGAGCCAAUAGGCAUUCGUUUAGUAAGGCCCAUAAUUUAGGCUGUAAUAACUAUUAAGCUAUGUCUCUUUUUUGAUAGAAAUACAGAAGGCGAGUGAGGCAUGCGCUCUGAAGCUCUCCGUAUUAUCACAAUAUGUUAUGUUCAAUGUGCCAUAUUGAUACCCAUCAAUGAAUUAUCAUUAGCUAACUUUAAUUCAUAUCCUCAUGAAAUUAAAGCAUUUGUAAAAGGAACCCUCGUGAUAUUUUCCUUUAUUUUGCCGGGCAUGUGUGAAUUUAAUAACUUUACACCCGCAAUCGCAGUUUUAACUUGGUGCUCCUCACAAUCUCACAUCUUAAUCUGUAUUAAAUAUAUUUGAAUUGCAACGAGCAAAAAUAGGUCAUGAAGUAAAAAAUGACAUAAGCAGGAAACAUGACACCAUAGUUUCCUGUGACUAAAAAUAUAUGACGGCGCUGAUGUAGUGACACGCUUUAAACAUCCUACAUUUUUUUAAAGUGAUUACCCUUCUUUUUUAUUAAUAAAAUGUUUGAUAGAAUGCCAAAAAAAAUGUUUUUCACUUUUUUUACUAUAAGACCUGUAUUUGCUUGUUGCGGCUCAAUUGAUGUGGUUUGAAAUAGAUUGUGAUUCUUAUACUUGUUUGUUUAUGGCAACUUUUUUACACACCUGAAGUCCAGGAGUGAAUUGUGUAUUUUCAUUGUUGGUACAUAUUUAUUACUUGUCAUAGUGAAUGGUAGAUAUGCGUCUGUUUACAGUUUAAUUGUUAUACAUGUAUUUUGUCCUUUCGAUCAUUGAAUAUUAACUUAAUUAUAUUUAAAAAUAGAAAUUCCACUUUAGCAAAUUGAUUAUUCAAGUGUUGCACUUUCCGUUACUGUAAGCAGUCUCAAUAAAAGCGAGACUGAUGUUGUAUUACUUGACGAUGUAGCAUGUGCUUCCCUUUCUUAUAUAUUACGAGGAAAUUACUAUCAGCUAUUGUCAUAGUCUUGGUGUCAGUAGGGUCAUUGGUGGCAGGUUUGUGCAAAGCCUUGAACCAGGGACAAAUCGCACAUGUACAGCAAAUCCCAUUACUCGGGCUAUCAUAAUUUGUUGAAUAAUGCCCCUUUUUUACUGAAAAUAAAAGAUGGGCAUCAGGGCUCAAGUUACAAGUUGUCAGUAGUUGCACUACUAUUUAUCAUUAUUUUACUAAAAAUAGUAUAAUUUUUUAUUUUAUUUUAAUGGGGUGCGAAUUCAUGCCAGUAAAGUCAAGACAAAAUUAGAUAUCGGGCGCUUCAUCACUAGGCCACCAGUGAUGGAUAUUUUGUUAUUAACACUGAUGAGAAUUGUGGUCUUCAAAGACGAUAUUUGAGUUCUUCUUAUGUUUUGCCGCACUUUAUUUCGUCAUACUAAAAAAGUUCAUUUCACAAAAAAAGGCGCAAGUCCCUUAAAGUGAGUCUUUUGAUGAAUAUUGUGUGUGUUUGAUUUUAAUAGUACAUCUCAGCUGGAUGUAUGUUUGUUGUAUGUGUAUACCUUAUUGUGCAAUACUAGUAAGCAAGUUCAAGAAUAUAUUAUCCAUUUGUUAGAGUCUAUGAUGGCACUCUUAUAACAGGUAGUCAUGAUGUAUCUGUUAUUUUAUUGUUUACAGAAGGAAAUAAGUUUAUGACAUUGGAGUGUUUGCAAAACAUUAUGCAUACAUGUAAAUUGUAACUGUAGCGACACAUUAAGAAAUAGUUGUAUUUGAGUCUUAAAAUCUAUUACAAAAUUUAUCUCGUACUUCUGGUGAUGCUGACGCUCGAAGAAACAACUUUCCUCAAGCUAACAUGCAAAUAUAUCAUUCUAAAUAUUCAAAAUGUACAAAGUAGUGCACAUAAAGUAGUACCAGGAUACAGAAAGUAGUGCACAGAAAGUAGUCCACUUGUCCCAUAGAAGUUGUGUUUCACAACUACUUCUAAGAGAAUCUCAUUUAUAAUGUAUCAAGUAUGAUGUUUACUAUAGCGGCCAAAAUAAUUAUUCUGUUAAAUGGUAAGAAGUAACAACUUUUUAAUAGAAUGUUAGGCUGAAGAUUGGGACGUGUUAAUUGAGAAUAACAAGCAUUAAUAAAUUGUUUACAUGAAUUUGGUAAGCAACGAAUUAUCCUUGAAUGUGUUCAGACAAGAUUGAUUUAUUAUCAUGCAUUAAUUUUGUCUGCUAGUGUAUAUGCAUUCUUAUUAAAAUUAUACAUUUGCAAAUACUUAAAGGCAUAACAUGCCAUAUUGUUCAUAUAAAUGACGAAGUGACAGGGAUGAAGUGAAUGUAUGCUAUAUUCUUGAGCUGUUGAAUUAUAUGCCAGUCUCUUGUUAUUGUGUGUCAGUCUUUUACAUCAGUUCUUUGUUUUGCUGUUGACCUUUGUAUAUUUUACCCCCAUCUUUAUCUUGAACUGUUUUAAGGGUUUGUGAUGUUUGUCUUUACAUGUUAAUAUGAAGAAUGGUUAAUUUUUAUACGCCCAUCUUACGAUGGCCGUAUUAUGGGAACACCCAUGACGGGCGGGCGGCUCCACAAUGUUGUCCGCUCUCUAACUUGAACAUUUCUCAUCCAAUUUCCACCAAACUUCAUGAAAGUGUUUGUUGGUGAAAUAUCUAGGUCAAGUUCGAUAACCAGCCAAAUCGCUUUAGGCACUCCAGAGUUAUGGCCCCCUGAAUUUGUCAAAAUUGUCCAUUUUAGCUUUGUCCGCUCUCUAACUUGAACAUUUCUCAUCCAAUUUCCACCAAACUUCAUGAAAGUGUUUGUUGGUGAAAUAUCUAGGUCAAGUUCGAUAACCAGCCUAAUCGCUUUAGGCACUCCAGAGUUAUGGCCCCCUGAAUUUAUCAAAAUUGGCCAUUUUAGCUUUGUCUACUCUCAAACUUGAACAGUUUUUAUCCGAAUUUUACCAAACUUGCUACUAUAAAUGUUUAUUCUUGUUAUAAUGUCAACUACAAUUGGAUUUGUCAUGUUUUAUUUGUCCAAUCGGAGCGCAGUAAUAAACAUUAAAACAAUGAUGUCAUUAUAUAGGCAAUGCGGUUCAUGCAAAAUAAACGUCAGUUGUUUUUGGUAGAAAAGAUGGGGAGGUUUUUUAUAAAUAUUCUAAUAACAUGAAUCAUGUGUAUGGUAAGCAAUAUAAGAAAUGUACGUUUUGCCCAAUUGACAACUAAGUGUUAAAAUUUGAUCUCAAAACUGAUUGGUUGUUUUUAACUCAAUAAUAUUAUUUAUUAGAAAUUAUGAAGUCUUUAACAUUCAAUAACUAAUUCAUAUUUUAAAGAAAUAUUACUUUGAUAUAAAAACAUAGAAUCCGAAGAUAUUUUAAAACAAUGGUUUACAAAUGAUCAGCUUAUUGUCACACCAUGAACAUUACAGAAACUGUUUGUUUUUUUAAAGUGUUCUCAUUUUUGAAUACAUUUUAGUCAUAAUAGUUUUUAUCAAAAACGUUUAAGGGGAAGAAUACGAUGUACAUUUUACAUGUUAAUUGUUUGUAGCUCUUUUGUAUUUGUAUGGUUCUUUUCUAUCAUAUUUGUUGAUACUCCAUUUUACUUCAUAUGUGACGUUUUUUAUAUUCUUGUCUUAACUUUUUUAGAUUUCAUUCAAUGUAAUAAUGUUAUUAAAUAGAGAUCUAAAUAUAUGUUUUUACAAUAUGUGAUAUUUUGUUAUUUAGAUGUCUUAAAAUGUAGACUAAAUACCUAAAUUUCA